CCAACAAUGCACUGGACAUUUCGACUGUUCCAAAUACAAUGUCCAAACCAAAAUCGGAGUAGUCAUGAUACGGAUAUUUCCAUAAGAACCAAAAACUUCAAACUGACUUCCAUAAUUCCAUUCAGUAAAUUCUCAAUUGUCCUAUUGAUUUGGAUAAUUGGUCCAAUUUGCAAUUUACAAAUUGCAAAUGCUGAUCAAGUUGUUUUAUUAGACACGACGAGAGAAGCUACUCUGGAAUGGACAAGGUAUCCAUACGGUCCUCAGGCUCAAACUCCAGGCUGGGUUGAGGAAUCAUUUACAGACUUUGUAAAGGGCAUCAAUUGGCGCAGCUAUGUUGUCUGUGAUGUUGCAUAUCACAAUGUUAACAAUUGGCUCUGGUCACCAUUCAUUGAUCGUGGGCCAGCGAAUCGGCUAUAUAUUGAAAUACAAUUUACUAUACGAGACUGUUCGCUGUUUCCAGGAAAUGCCCUGUCCUGUAAGGAAACGUUCAGUUUGUUGUUCUACGAAUUUGAUGCAGCAACACGUGAGCCACCGCCUUGGCAAACAGAUAGUUAUAAACUGAUUGCUCGAAUUGCGGCUGGCGAGGGACGUUUCAAUCAAAACUCUGAUGUAGAUAUUAAUACGGAAGUGAAAAGUAUAGCUGUCAGCAAAAAAGGUGUAUAUUUUGCAUUUCGUGAUCAAGGCGCUUGCAUCAGUGUUCUGGCCGUUAAAGUCUAUUAUAUAACAUGUCCAGCGGUAACCGAGAACUUUGCUCAUUUCAAUGAAACGCCCACCGGACGGGAGAUAACAAUAAUUGAAAAACAGAACGGCACAUGUGUUGAGAAUGCUGAGCCUUAUGAAGCGCCCACGUAUUUAUGCAAAGGUGAUGGCAAAUGGACAAUUCUAACAGGUGGUUGUCGUUGCAAAGUUGGCUACGAACCCAAUGAUGUUAACAACACUUGUACAGAAUGUCCUGCUGGUACAUUUCGCUCUGCUGAAGUACGUAAAUGUGUAUCAUGUCCAGCCAAUUCGAAUAGUUCGAAGACCGGAUCACCAAUGUGCAACUGUCUAACGGGCUACUAUAGGCAUCCAGCUGAUGGCAGGCAUAUGCCAUGCUACAAACCGCCGAAUGCGCCAAUGAAUCUGACACUAUUAUUUGUGGAUCAAACUAGUGCAAUAAUAUCAUGGUCAGCACCAGCAAAAGAUGAUAACCAGCUGGCAACAGCCAAUGGUCUCGAGAAAUACCGCACAGAUGUUGUAUAUAAAGUGCGUUGCAGUAGCUGCAAUUCAAAUGUUAUGUUUAAUCCAUCGGCGGAUACGUUUAAUGAAACAAAAAUAACACUCACGAAUCUAGAACCAGUGACAACAUAUACUGUACAGAUUCAUGCUACGAACAGCAUAUCAUAUUUGGUCGAUACCGGACUUUAUUCCAAUGAAACCUAUUCGAGCAGUGAUAAUGCGUUUAGUAAUACUUCAAACUUUUCAAAUAUUAAUGGCCAUCAGCUAGAUCUCAGCGAAAUUCGGACAAAAUAUGCUGAAAUUGUAUUUACCACGGAGUCCGUGAUGCUCACGACUGUGUUCAAUUUAAGAGUUGUUUCCAUAACUAGCAACGAUGCUAGUCUAGUUUGGGAUAAGCCGGGGCAGAGUGAUACACCCAUUGAGCUAUAUGAAGUCCGUUGGUUUCCCAAAUCCGAAAUGGAAACAAUCAAUAACACCACACUAAACACAAAAGAAACAAAAGCUCAAAUUUAUAACCUAAUCGAAAAUACUGAAUAUGGGUUCCAAGUACGUUGUAAAACAGUAAACGGUUUUGGUUCUUAUAGCAACAUGGUCUAUGCCCAAACCCACCAAUCUGUCAGUACAGUCUAUGAAGAUUCAAUGCAAAUACGAUUUAUUGCUGGAGCCAUAGUGACUGGCGUAUUCUUCCUGGUCAUCUUUAUCGUCGCAACUGUCUAUUUUAUGAGGUCUAAACAUCAAGACGAACUCGACAAGAAGUCCACUAACCAUCUACCAUUACCAAUGGAAUACGCUAGUAAUGAAGGACUCGUUGUGACAUAUAUAAAUGCCAUGGAUACAACUCCAAUUGUCAAGACUCUACAUUCGAAUGUGACGACCCCUCUCUUUGGUAGUAGUCGCAGUUAUGUGGAUCCGCACACUUAUGAGGAUCCUAACCAAGCAAUCAGGGAAUUCGCUCGUGAAAUCGAUGCAAAUUAUAUUACAAUCGAAGCAAUAAUUGGUGGAGGAGAAUUCGGAGAUGUGUGCCGUGGACGCCUUAAGAUUCCGCCAAACUUUGUCCAGGAUAUUGACGUAGCAAUCAAAACCUUAAAACCAGGGUCAUCAGAGAAGGCCCGUUGCGAUUUUCUAACGGAGGCUUCAAUAAUGGGACAAUUCGAUCACCCAAAUGUUAUAUACCUGCAAGGCGUCGUUACGCGCUCCAAUCCAGUGAUGAUUAUAACCGAAUAUAUGGAAAAUGGAAGUCUGGAUACAUUUUUGCGUGUCAACGAUGGCAAAUUUCAAACGCUGCAGCUAAUUGUGAUGCUCCGUGGUAUUGCUAGCGGCAUGUCCUAUCUAAGUGACAUGAAUUACGUCCAUCGGGAUUUGGCAGCUCGCAAUGUUCUCGUCAAUGCUCAACUUAUUUGUAAAAUUGCCGAUUUUGGUUUGUCGCGCGAAAUCGAAAAUGCCAGCGAUGCCUAUACCACUCGCGGCGGUAAAAUCCCAGUACGCUGGACUGCGCCCGAAGCAAUUGCAUUUCGUAAAUUUACAUCAGCAUCGGACGUUUGGUCUUAUGGAGUCGUUCUAUGGGAAGUAAUGUCAUAUGGCGAACGUCCCUAUUGGAACUGGUCAAAUCAAGAUGUUAUAAAGAGCAUUGAGAAGGGUUACCGUUUGCCAGCGCCAAUGGAUUGCCCGGAGGCAUUAUACCAGUUAAUGCUGGAUUGCUGGCAAAAGCAACGAACGCAUCGACCCACAUUUGCCAGCAUUGUAUCAACUUUGGACAAUUUGGCCAGGCAACCGCAAUCGUUGUUAACGACACGAAAUUCACCAGAAAAUGAUAGUAGUACACAUAUAUUGGAUACACAACGUGGUCAUAACAUAUUUAUAAGCACUGAUCUAUGGCUGGAGAAUAUUAAAAUGUCUCGGUACAGUCAACACUUUAGAGAGGCUAAUUUAGUGAGUGCUCAACAGAUCUCAAGAUUAACAGCACAAUUGCUAUCGGAUAUGGGUAUUACUUUAGUAGGACAUCAAAAGAAGAUUUUACAUCAGGCAAGACAGCUGGAUACAAUAAUAUAAUCAGCAUCAAUCUAUAAGUUUAUAUAAAUAUAUAUAUAUAUAU